GUGAGACAACAUUAUCCACAAUCAUCAAAUGCCAAACAAUUAAAGGAAAGAGAGCAUUUCUGCUUCAAUAAUCUGAAAACACAGAAGCAAAAACAAACUCUUCACUAUGAAGUGUAUCCAAUUUCAGUCUUCAUUUCCUUCCUUGCAUCUACAACCCCAGCAGAAGCCUCAGCUGCAGAAACUGAAGCCAUACAAAUGGCUAUGCCCUUCUUCCCAAAGAAUGUUAUCAAGGACUAGGGCUAUUAUUAACCCUCUGAUUCUCGCCGACGCUUCGCAACCUAAAGGAGGAGAUAUAUCUGUCCUCCUUCAAACUGGUGGUUUGCUUUUGUUUGUUUAUGGGAUAGCAAACUUUGUGGUGCCGGCCUUCAUUUCCAAACAAUACGAAUCGGACGAGAAAACGGAGGAAGAUUCAAUGUCAGAUGAGGAUGGCUCCACAGGUGAUGACAAAGAUGGUAUGCCAAAGCCAAAAUCACUUGGAAAAAAACGAGGCUUCCAAGGCACGAGGACAUGAUUACAUGUAAGGGAGAUGAUCCCAUGAUUGCUACUAAUGUCUUCUUUAUCAUUAUCAUCAUUUAUCUUUCAGAAAAUUUUCCAUAGCAAAA